AUGGCCCUCCUUGACCGCAAACACGUUCCUUGGCUCCCCAGGGAUCCUCUCAGCAUUCUCCCAGCUGAACUCAUGUACGACAUCAUUCGACGCUCCUCUGUCGAGACUCUUGGCCGCUUGGCUCAAGUCUCCAAGCUGUUCUACGAGAUCGUCACCCCGAUUCUCUACGAAAAGGAUGCCGACGAUGAGACACCGCGUGCCAUCAUCUGGGCUGCGUCAGCGGACACCACUCAAGCUACGGAGAAGACCAUCAUCAAAAUCUUGGACCUCGCCAAAGAAUAUGGCGGAGACGUGGAUUGCAUGCACAGCUACGGCGAGGCUCCAUCAUACAAGGCCGCGCCUCUCCAUCUUGCCACUGCCAGAGGGAACAUCGCAGGAGCUCAGAAACUCUUGGAGCUCGGCGCCAACGUAAAUGCUCUGGGGCGGGCAUUUUCCAGACCUGAGUCGCCGGGAUUUCAGGGCAGGGCAGCUGCACAUGAUCCAGGUACCAUCAAUAUUCUACACAUGCUUUCCGCGAAUCCCAGCGCAAAGACUACAUACGAUGCCAAGCAAUCAUACUUUGAGAGGUUUGCUGCGCUCAUCGACGUUCCAAUUCAACAAGGAUCAACGCCUCUAUUUUUGGCACUGCGCCAACGCAACGGGAAGGCUCUCCAAAUGCUCAUUGCCAACGGUGCCAAUGUUGAGGCCUUGAAUCAAUUCGGAAGAACUCUACUCACUCAAGCCAUUGCAUUCCGCUUCACGUCAAAGGAUGCACAGGCACGGCAGUGGUAUAAUAAUGUCACAGAGCACCUGAUCAAGUCUGGCAAGGCGAAAGUCGGCAACGAUGGCCCUCAAGGAGCGUGGGAGACACCAUUGACCUGCACCAUCAAAGCAAUUUCCCAAAUUGCAGAGGAACAUAAGAUUGCAACUGAAGAUGUUACUGCCAUGAUUGAUCUGCUUCUGGAGCAUGGGGCCGACGUCAACGAGAGAUCAGAUGAAGGAAUCACCAUAUUCCAUGCUCUC